UACCAGCAUGAUAUCGUUGAUCAUUCCCCCCAAAGACCAGAUUUCGCGAGUGGCAAAAAUGUUAGCGGAUGAGUUUGGCACUGCCUCCAACAUUAAAUCUCGAGUGAAUCGCCUUUCAGUACUGGGAGCCAUUACAUCUGUACAGCAAAGACUGAAACUCUAUAACAAAGUACCUCCAAAUGGUCUGGUUGUUUACUGUGGAACAAUUGUGACAGAAGAAGGAAAAGAGAAGAAAGUCAACAUUGACUUUGAACCUUUCAAACCAAUCAAUACGUCGUUGUAUUUGUGUGACAACAAAUUCCACACAGAGGCUCUUACAGCGCUGCUUUCUGACGACAGCAAGUUUGGCUUUAUUGUAAUAGAUGGUAGUGGUGCACUCUUUGGAACUCUUCAAGGAAACACAAGAGAAGUCCUGCACAAAUUCACUGUGGAUCUUCCAAAGAAGCAUGGUAGAGGAGGUCAGUCUGCCUUGCGUUUUGCUCGUUUGAGAAUGGAAAAACGACACAACUAUGUAAGGAAGGUAGCGGAGACGGCUGUGCAGCUCUUCAUUUCUGGUGACAAGGUGAACGUGGCUGGUCUCGUUUUAGCUGGCUCAGCUGACUUCAAAACUGAAUUAAGUCAAUCUGACAUGUUUGAUCAGCGGUUGCAAUCCAAAGUGCUCAAACUAGUUGAUAUUUCAUACGGAGGAGAAAAUGGAUUUAAUCAAGCCAUUGAGUUGUCAACUGAGGUCCUCUCCAAUGUGAAAUUCAUUCAAGAGAAGAAACUAAUAGGACGAUACUUCGACGAAAUCAGUCAGGACACGGGGAAGUACUGUUUUGGCGUUGAAGAUACACUAAAAGCUUUGGAAAUGGGAGCAGUAGAGAUACUGAUAGUUUAUGAAAAUCUGGAUAUAAUGAGAUAUGUUCUCCACUGCCAAGGCACGGAGGAAGAGAAGAUCCUGUAUUUGACACCAGAGCAAGAGAAGGAUAAAUCCCACUUCACAGAUAAAGAGACUGGCCAGGAACAUGAACUCAUAGAAAGUAUGCCCCUUCUGGAGUGGUUUGCAAACAACUACAAGAAAUUUGGAGCAACAUUGGAAAUUGUUACAGACAAAUCACAGGAAGGAUCCCAAUUUGUGAAAGGAUUUGGAGGAAUUGGAGGUAUCUUGCGGUACCGAGUGGACUUCCAGGGAAUGGAAUAUCAAGGAGGAGACGAUGAAUUUUUUGACCUCGAUGACUACUAGGUAGUCGACCUGGGUCCGGCAAAACGUGCCUCGCCCCUCCAGCAUCCAACCCAAGGAGCAAACUCAUGGUGGAAAACACAACAGAUCCCUGCCUUAGAAUUGGAACAUUUCCAGAACUUUAUCCACAAGCAUUGGAUUUAAAAAAGCGAAACCCUACACUUCGAUUUGUCAUCGUGUCAGUACAGCAGCAAACUACUAAGUUCCUAUAUGCCACUUUGGACUAAUUUAAAAAGAAUCCCAGUUUUUACUUUUACUCAAUGGUGAAAUUGGUUGCUCUUGUAUUUUAUGAAAAUGAUUUUUUUAACCUUCAUGAUACAUUAACUGCUGUAAACCUCCUCCUUCAAAAAUUAAUAGAAGUAAGAUCCUACUGGUUUGUUUCUUUUUACUUUGGAGAAAUCAGUUGCUGCAUUUUGCAGCAACGUGACCCAUUUACAUGGCAUUCUCAGCUUAGACUGCAGAAGAACUGUAACAAAAUUGGACCUAUUCAUUCUCUUCUAAAGAAUGAGAAGGCACUUACCUAGAGUGCUAGCUUAUAAUUUGUGGCUUAAAAUUCCGAUGGUUUGGGGAGGCUUACCAGCCAAACGUGCUUUAAUCUAUUUGCAGAAGCACUGCUCUUACAAACUAGGAAAUGCACUUCAUUGAUUGCAAUGGAAAUGCUGCUGAAGUCUUGGCUUAAUUUGGAUUUGAGAGGUGCAGCCUUCAGGAGUUUUUUUUUUUUUCAGUCGUGACAAAAAUAAACAGACGAUUUAAGUGAAGUAAGGUACACUUUGCUUUGUUUUGUUCAUCAGUAAGUUUUUCUUUUUGCUUUAGGACUGCGUAAGGUUUCCUUGAUUAUGUGAAUUUGAACCCACAGUUCUUGAAUGGAAGCGGGUGUUUUACAGGAAUAAUUAGUAAGUGGAGUCCUUGACUGAAACCUCAGUACUGGUGCAUU